AUGUUAUCGUUCAGUAAGGCUCUUUUCCUGGCAGGACUCUGUGCAGUCGAUGCAAUCGCUAUUCCAAAAAACUUAAAAGGAGACCUCUACGACAUUGGUACUCAGGAGCACCUUUUCCCCUUGCUAGCAGGCUCAGGACCAUAUUUCUCACAUCCUGAAGACUAUGGAAUUCCGAUAGAUCCACCUGCUGGAUGCGAAAUUUCUCAGAUCCAGCUUCUUGCUCGACACGGCGAAAGAUACCCCACCAAAAGCAAGGCCGCAAAGCUGUUCAAGACCUGGGACAAGAUUCUAAACUACCCCCGCAAUCUCAAUGGAUCGCUGUCUUUUGUUGAUGAGGAUUACGAGUUUUUCAUUCAAGAUAUUUCAAAUCUGGAGCAAGAAACGACUUUGGAGAACUCUGUGAAUGCCAUCAACCCAUACACGGGCGAGAUGGACGCGAAGAAACACGCACAAGAGUUUUUGGCCCAAUACGGUGAUUUUCUGGAGGACAAUCGUGAGUUUGCUGUCUUUGCCGCUAGUUCCAAGCGAGUCCAUGAUACCGCCCAAUAUUUCAUCCAUAGUCUGGGCGACAAAUUCAAUAUCUCGCUGAAUGUCGUGAGCGAGGAUCCUAGUUCGGGCGCUAAUACUUUAUCACCAGGCUAUUCCUGUCCUGCCUGGAAUCCAGACGAGAACGAUGAUAUUCUGGGUAACUUCUCCACGGAUUACUUGAAAGAGCUGGCAACAAGACUCAAUGGGGAAAAUCACGGCCUAAAUUUGACGACUAAAGACGCAUAUAAUCUUUUUGACUGGUGUGCCUACGAAUUGAAUGCCCGUGGUUACAGUGAGAUCUGUAAUGUGUUCACGCCCGAGGAGCUCAUUCACUACUCUUACUACAAUGAUCUGGUAGCUUACUACCAAGACGGCCCUGGUUAUCCAAUGAUUCAAGCAGUUGGGGCGCUAUACUUCAAUGCGUCGAUAAAGCUACUCCAACAGAGCGAGCAGCUCGAUCAAAAAGUCUGGUUGAGUUUCACUCACGAUACUGAUAUCCUCAACUACUUGACCACCGUCGGACUGUUUGAUAACGGAAAGGACCUAGAUCCUUCUCGCAUCCCAUUUACUGAUCAAGUUUUCCACAAAUCGUGGAUGAUUCCCCAGGGCGCUAGAGUCUACACUCAAAAAUACCAGUGUAGCAAUGAUUUUUUCAUCAGAUAUGUGGUCAACGACGCAGUGAUUCCAUUGCAAAACUGCUCAGAUGGGCCUGGUUUUUCGUGCGAGGCAAAAAAAUUUUACGAAUACGCAGACCAGAGAGUUGCCAGCCAGGACUUUUUCGAGGUUUGUAAUGUCUCUAGCGUCAGCAAUACUACGCAGCUGACUUUCUUCUGGGAUUGGAAUACCACUCACUACAAUGCGACGUUGCUGGACGAGUAG